AUGCAUCGAAUAUUUGCUACUUUAUUUCCUGAAGAACCAUUGAUAUUUCCAGAAAAGAAUGAAGAUUUGAUUGAAACGAAGAAUGAGGAACAAAUCGAAGCAUUGCAAGAUCUCUAUGGUACAUACGCUCAACCACUGAAAUGCUCAUAUCAAACAAAUUCAAAAAAGAAUUCAAUUGCGAAAAAUUCGAUAUCGAUUUUAAAAAAGCGUGAAAUCGGUUUAGUUGAUUUUCAUCGAUAUCCCGCAGCACGAUAUCGUCUAAUGGAUAGAUUAUUGCCUAAGGAAGGCGAAGUUGUUGCAUCUAUGACAAAACCAACUUUUUGUGGUCAAUUUUCCGAUGAUGGACAACGCUUUAUUAGUGCUUGUCAAGAUUACUCUAUUCGUAUUUACGACACGUCGACAUUUCGAACAUUUGAUCGUCUAGCAGAAAUCGAAUUAGAUGAUGUUGGUUGGUCUAUAUUGGAUACAACUUUAUCAACUGAUCGAAAUAGUGUGGUUUAUUCAACAUGGUCGCAUAGCAUUUAUUUAAUAAAAUUGAAUGGAGAUGAAUGCCAAUCUACAAUUCAACCAUUAUAUUUACAACCUCUUUCGAAUAAUUUUUCAGUAUUUUCUUUACAAUUCUCUGCUGAUUGUUCAGAAAUAAUUUGUGGUGCAAACGAUGCGUGUGUAUAUAUAUAUGAUCUUCAAAAACAACAACGAACAUUACGUGUUUCAGCUCAUCAAAAUGAUGUUAAUGCUGUUCGUUUUCUUGAUGAUUCUAAUUCAUUGAUUGUUAGUGGUUCAGAUGAUGGUCUUGUUUUAGUUUGGGAUAGACGAGCAUUGAAUGAAUCUCAACCGAAACCCGUGGGAAUAUUUGCCGGUCAUUCAAGUGGAAUUACUUUUGUACAUAGUCGAAUGGAUUCUAGAUAUUUAAUAUCUAAUUGUAAAGAUCAAAGCAUUAAAUUAUGGGAUAUACGUCGUUUUGCGAAUGAGUCAACAAUACAGAAUAGUCGUACAGUAUCAAAUGCUAUUAAUCGCGUUUGGGAUUAUCGAGCCGGUGCACAACCACAAACACUUCAGAGACAUGGUAUUUCUGGUGAUCCAAGUGUAUGUACAUAUCGUGGACAUUCUGUGGGUUACACAUUGAUACGUUGUUAUUUUUCACCAUUAUUUACGACUGGACAGCGGUAUAUUAUCACGGGAUCAUCCGAUGGUUGUAUAUAUAUUUAUGAUGUUCUUACCGGUGCUGUUGAACGAUGUCUUCGUAUACGAAAUAAUCAAUAUGGUACUGGACGUGAUAAAUGUGUGCGAGAUGUAGCUUGGCACCCCUUUGAAAACUAUAUUAUAUCAACAUCAUGGGACAAUCGUCGAGCGCAUGUGCGUUGGACUCACACAAUAGAUAUUACAACAGAACCUAGUCUAUCACCUCCAGUGGAAACGAAAGUUGCUGCUGUACAAACUCCACCUUCGCUUGCAACUGAUCAACCAUUGAAUCGUCUAGCGGCAUUUCGAAGAUCAUUAAUUCAACCAUUUAUUGACAUUGACUUCAGUAUGGAUAGUGAAACAGAGUCAUUAUCCGAAUAA